AUGAAUUCUAAACGACCGCACGACGAGGUGGAGGGCGGAGGAGCCCCAUCCGCAGCUCCAGAGGCAAAGAAGCGCAAGGGCUUCCGCGUGGGGCCAGACAACCUGCCAGACGGUGCAUGGCGGCGCAAAAACACCAAGAUCAAGCACGAGUUGAUCCACAAGGCCAAGGUCAAGAAGGACUACGCCAAGGUCAAGGCGGAGCUGCAGAAGAAGAAAGAGAAGGAGACGCAGGAGAAGCCUUCGGGAGGCACAGAAGAGCCGCAGAUCCACCCGGACCGCCAGCAGCGCAUGGACGACGACCAGCUGGACAGGCAGCACGUCAACCCGGAGCGGCAGGCGUUGCUCGACGGCGAGGCGGCGCCCCUGCCGCCGAGGCAGGCGAGGAGGGAGAGACCAGUACCUGCAGACAGCGAGCAGGAGGGGGGGCAGCAAGGCGAGCACGAGCACACAUCAACGGCACAACCAGCAGCAACAUUAGCAGCAGACCCCAAGCCGCGGCGCGAGAGGCACAAGCGCCGCCCAGACUACUACGACAAGGCGCUGGAGGAAGGGCAGCGCAAGAAGGAAGAGGCGGAGGCGCGGGCGGCGGAGAAGGAGCGGCGCGAGCAGGAGCGGGCGCGCAGCAUCGACGAGCGCGAGCGCACGCGCCGGGCGAUGCUCAAGGCCAAGGGGUUCUCGGCGUCGGGCAAGCGUCGGGGGCCGCCGAAGCUCGGGCGGGAGAGCAAGGUGCUCCUGGACAAGGUGAAGAGGAUGGUCGGCGCUUAA